CAGCACCGAUGAGUAUCCGGAGAAGAAGGAGUAAUUCAGAUAUAUAAGUUACCAAGAUACCCGUCUGUUAUUGCUUCUCAUCCUCAUCAACAACAUCUUCAUCUUUCACUCUUUCCAUAUCAUUCACUAUCCACACAAUCCAGUCUUUUACUUCAUUUCUUGCUGGUCAAACUUUUCAAUAUCUCAUUUCAAGUUUUAACCCACUUACCUUUCAACUCAAAUCAAAAUGCAAUUCUCAUUCGCUCAAUUGGCCAUUUUGGCUGCCACCAUCAGUGUUGCUAGUGCAGCUCCUAUGGAUGCUUCCAAUGGUCUCGAAGCACGCGAUGCUCCAAGACUCCACUUCAGAGAGGUCGUGCACGCUCGCAAGACUUCAGAUGAAGAUGACGAGGUUUCUUCAAGCUCUACAAAGAAGUUAUCCAAAGCUUCCUCCACCCAGAAAUCCUCCAAAGCUUCCUCCACAUCUAAGGCUUCCUUAGCUUCCUCCACCGCCAAGUCUUCAGGCUCUUCUGGGUCUAAGUCCACUAGCGCUGCUUCGUCAACAAUCACCAGCUCGGCAUCCUCUGGUAACUCAUCCAGCGGUACUACCGGCAAGUCUGUCCCCGCCUCCUCAGGUACUUCUGCCCUUUCAGCCGUUCAGACUAUCGCCGCAGGUGAACAUUUCGAUGGUGGAAUGGUUAUGUUCGAUAGAGGUGUCAGCUGUACCGGUCAAGCCGAAGGUGGUGACAGCGAUGCCGUUUUCCAAAUCGAAGCUGGUGGAUCCCUCUCUAACGUUAUCAUCGGACCCAACCAAAUCGAAGGUGUUCAUUGCCAAGGAGCUUGCACCUUGACCAAUGUAUGGUGGUCUGCUGUCUGCGAAGAUGCCUUUACUAUCAAGAAACAAGAUGCUGGAGCCACCACAACAAUUUCUGGUGGAGGUGCCUUUGGAGCCGAGGAUAAGGUUUUUCAACACAACGGAGCUGGAACCUUGAAGGUUUCUGGUUUCACUGUCGAUAUCUUUGGAAAAUUGUACAGAUCAUGUGGUAACUGCAAUGAAAUGUUCGAGAGACACGUUAUCAUGGAUUCUGUCACUGCUACUAGUGGAUCUGAGCUUGCUGGCAUCAACUACAACUUUGGCGACACUGCAACCUUCACCAAUAUUGUGGCAAAGUCUGUUAAGGAUAUCUGUGUGACAUACACAGGUACUGAGGACAACAGCCAGGAACCUACUGAGUAUGGAAGCGGACCUGAUGGUAAAUACUGUAUCUACACUGAGAGCGAUAUCACCACAUCUUAGAGACUUUAUCUACGGAUGAGUCCCAGGACUUUGUGAUAUUGUGAGCCGGUAUGGAAUUCCGCGAUUUGAAUAGAAAAGGGGGUUAGAGCUAGACAACUUGAGGUUUGAUUUAUCUCCGAGGAUUGGUUGAAGGCUGGAACCUGGCGGUGGAUGCUUCUUCUUGUAUAUUAUGUUUGCUUGACGCAAUCCAAAUUAUCUUUUACGUAUC